UUUCAAAAUGAUAGGAGUCGGACAGUUACAAAAUUUUACAGAACCCUUUUGCUUUAUGAGGGAUCCAAUUUGAAUUCUCUGUUGUUACAAAAUAAAUUAUGUACCACAAAGGGAUAUAAAAAAGUUACUCAUUGCCUAUUCGAUUUAGAUGGAACUAUACUGGAUUCAGAAAUCAUAUACCACAAAGUAAUACAGAAAAUAUGUCAGAGAUACGGUAAAAAGUACACCACGGAAUUACAAAACCAGCUAUAUGGCGUAACUGAUCGUCAGUUAAGUAUCGGAGUCGUAAGUGCAUUAAAGCUAUCAAUAUCUGUGGAUGAAUUUGAAAAGCAAAUGACUGAUAUGGUACAAAAAAACCUAACAGACGCACCAUACAAAGACGGUGCUGAACGACUUUUAUGGCAUCUUAAUGCUAGUAAGAUUCCUAUAGCGCUGGUCACCAAUUCCACAGACCAAGCUGUACAGAUGCACGCAAAAGCGAGACCUAAAUUGUUCGGUUUAUUUCAUCAUAAGGUGUGCAUUACUGACCCGGAAGUGAAGCGUGGCAAACCUCAACCGGAUAUGUACUUGCUAGGUGCAUCUAGGUUCACGCCGAAAGCGAACCCCACACAGUGUCUCGUUUUCGAAGAUUCGGUCGUAGGAGUCGAAGCAGCGGUUCGAGCUAAGAUGCAGGUUGUUAUGAUACCGGAUUAUCGUAUCGAUAAACAAUUAACGUUGAAAGCAACAAUUGUCUUAAAAUCCUUACUGGACUUGGAUCCAACUCUAUUCGGAAUACCCGCAUUUAAAGAUGCCGUAAAAGGCAGAUGAAACAAAUACUGUGAGGGUAGUACUAAAUCUUGGUAUACGUCUAAACUUUUAUUGUAAAUUUUUUUCUAUAUAUCAAUAUA